AUGUCUGUACAGAAUUGGGAAUUUCGAGCACGCCGAGCUAAAGACGUCCUUCUAAACUCUGUUCCCAAGCAAUGGAUCCUCCCCGCACACAGACUGCCUCCUGCGCGCCAGAAAAAUGUCGCGGAUUUUCCUCGAAAGAGCGGUAUUCUCAGCGACAGAGAAGCCUCUAUCACCGAGAUGUCUGCUACUGCGCUUGUAGCAGGUAUGCGAGCGGGCCUACUGAGUGCCGAGGAAGUAGUCAUUGCGUUUCUCAAACGAGCUGUCUUGGGUCACCAGUUGCUCAACUUUGCUACAGAGUUUAUGGCGGAGAGAGCCAUUGCCAGGGCUAAAGAGCUUGACGAACACUUUAAGCGCACCGGAAAGCUUGUUGGGCCCUUGCAUGGCGUCCCCAUCAGCGUCAAAGAGCACAUCGAAAUAAAAGGUCGAACCUGCAACGCAGGCUUUGUGGCAUGGGUCGAUGACAUUGCAAACGAGGACGCAUUGCUCGUCCAGUAUCUUGAGAAAGCAGGCGCAGUUUUUCAUGUGCGAACUAACCAGCCGCAGUCAUUGAUGCAUCUCUGCUGCGACAACAAUCUCACCGGUCCCACAACGAACCCCUACAACCGCACCCUCACGCCCGGCGGCUCCUCAGGCGGCGAGGGCGCCUCAAUGGGCUUCAAGUGUGCUGCUCUCGGUGUCGGCACCGACAUUGGCGGGUCCGUCCGAGCCCCUGCCGGCUUCUGCGGUGCAUAUGGGUUCCGCCCCACGACUCUCCGAUUGCCUGGGACGGGAGUCAAAGUUCCUGGCGCAGGACAGGAGUCCAUCCGCGGCACUGCCGGACCGCUGGCAAGCCAGAGUGUCGAAGAUCUGGAUCUCUUCCAACAAGCCGUCAUCGACCAGGAGCCAUGGGAGACAGAAACAUCCCUAGCCCCGUUACCCUGGAGGCGCGUGAAAGCCACCGAAGACAUGACGGUUGGCAUCAUGUGGGAUGACGGAUGCGUCCGCCCUCAUCCCCCGGUCACCCGAGCCCUGCAACACGCCAAAGAAAAGCUCCUCGCAGCCGGCAUAAAAGUCGUAGACUGGGAACCCUACCGCCACGACCACGGCUGGGAGAUCGUCUCAUCCCUCUACUUCCCCGACGCCGCCAACAGCCAACGCACCGUCCUCUCCCAAAGCGGCGAGCCCCUCCUCCCCCUAACAGAAUGGGCCUUCACCUACAGCCGCGGCUCUCCGCUCACCAUCCCCGAGAACUGGGCCCUGAACUACAAGCGCGACGCGUACCGCGACGCGUACCACGCCCUCAUGAAAUCCCGCGCGGUAGACUUCAUCCUCUGCCCUGUGUACGUCGGCGCCGCGGCGGUGAUGGGCGAAUCGCAGUACUGGAAUUACACCGCUAUCUGGAAUAUCCUCGACUACCCGGGUGUUGUUUUCCCGAGCGGGCUGGUUGUUGAUCCGGAGUUGGAUCCGGUGGAUGGUGGGUAUCAUCCUCGGAGCGGGGAGGAUGCGCGUGAGUGGGCGAAGUAUCGUCCUGAGCGAUAUGAGGGGGCGCCGAUUGGGUUGCAACUCGUAGGCAAGCGUUUCAAGGAUGAGGAGACCCUUGCGGCUGCGGGCCUUGUCUCGGAUAUUGUGCAGGGAAGAGCAGAGGAUAUCAAAUCUAGGCUUUGA